CAAUGACUCUUAAGAAGUACCGAUGUUGUAACCUUUGACCCUUUUGCUAGAUAGGGAACCUGCAACUUUCAAUUUACAUGUAGCUGCGAAUCUCAUUAACCAUGUCUUCACACUCAGAUCUAGCUACACAAAUUGUGAAAUUUGGGGCGCAGACAAAUGGAAGAGACAAGUUAUUCAGGUUAUUACAGUAUGGAAGUAAAUUAAUAUCCUGGUACUUACAAACAGACCAGGGAAAACUGGAAUUCUUGGAAAAGCUGAAAAAAUUAGAAACAUCUAUGAGUAUGACCAGGAAAUUACUGAGAUUUGGGAAGAGUUUAGACUUUAUUCUGUCAGCUUUAAAGACAAUCCAUUUAUCAGAUCCUGUGCUGAAACUAACAAUUACAAUGUCAAAGCUUGCACAAUCAGUGUUCCUCAUAUUUGAUCACAUCAUAUUUGCUCACAACCUAGGAAUCAUCAAAGCUGAUAAAGAAAAAUGGUCCAGAUAUUCUUCACAGUGUUGGUUAUUUAGUUUAACCUUGAACUUGCUGAGAAAUUCUUAUGACAUUUUGUCCAUUAUUUCGAAUGAGGCCAAGGCUCAAGAAAACCGCCAGCGAAGAGGCCAGUAUGUAAAUGGUGGAAUUGAGCAUAGUGUCACAUCUCGAAAACCAAUGGGGAGAGUUCAGAUUUUGAAGAAGUGCUGCUAUGAAAACCAGCCUGUUGUUUUAGACUUUGUAAAAAAUAUGUCAGAUUUGGUGCUUCCAUUAAAUUCUUUAGGUAAAAUUAAAGUAUCUGGUGGUAUUCAGGGCUCCUUAGGGUUACUAUCAUCAGCUAUUGGUAUUGCCACAGUUUGGAGCCCCAUACUUAAAUUGGUGCCAUAAAGAUCUAAAAGAUUGUUGAUACAUGUACAUGUACAGUAUAUUAUUCAAGUUUUCUGUGAUAAAAAUGUUUCAAAUGUUAUUUCUUUGUUAAUGAUUGAAUAAUUCAAGUUUAUUGUCAAUGAUAACUGAUAUUCUCAACUUUUGCUUACCACAAAGUCAUCGCUAUUAUGUUUACAAACUAGAUAAAUGUGGAGUUACAAAGAUACCAAGAUCACCAAAACCAGAAAUUAUUUGUCUUAUAUGGUAAAUCAAGAAAUCAAGUCUGUAUAGCAAGAUUUAUAUGAUUUAUGUACAUGUUUUUGUGUAUUUAGACAGUACAUGUAUAUGUAGUAACUAACGUUGUGCAAAUA